GUGUGGCCACACACACAGAGACCACCACCGCCAUCAAAACCACUACUGCUCCCGGUGGCGCCGCUCACCUGGCAGAUGGACGUCGACGACAUCAUCGAGUCCGCCGUGCGUGCCCUCAUGUUCCUGUUGGGCAUGUUGGGCAACAACUGGCUGGCCGUGCGCUCCAUCCCGCCGCGCCUGGCGGCGCUGCGCACCAACGAGCUGCUCUUCCUCAACCUGGCCGUGUCCAACCUCAUCACCAACUACCUGGUGGACCUGCCCGACACCAUGGCCGACAUCGCCGGCGGCUGGUUCCUGGGCGACGGCUACUGCGGCGUGUUCCGCUUCUGCGCCGACCUCUCCAAGACCAGCAGCAUCUUCUCCACGCUCUUCAUCAGCGUGUACUGGUACCAGAAGCUGGUGGGCUCCCUGAAGCGCGGCGGGGGGCCCGUGCAGCUGGACAGCCUGCGUCUGGUCGGGGGGCUGCUGGCGGGCAGCUGGGGCAUGGCCGUGGUCUUCAGCAUCCCCCACUACUUCUUCGUGGCGGUGGAGGGCGAGAACGGGAGCUCUCUGGAGUGCAACGACGUGUUCCCCAGCGAGGACGCCAAGCAGACGUACGAGGCGCUGUACCUGACGCUGGCCAACGCGCUGCCCGUGGCCGGCAUCGUGUACGCCACCGCGCGGAUCGUGGUCACGCUCAUGCAGAGUCAGAAGCGCAUCCAGGGCCAUGGGGGGAACCAGGCUGGCUCGGAGGAGGGCCCUGCCGGUGGUGAAGAAGGGGGUGGUGGUGGUGAGGUCAGGGUGGCAAAGCCUGCGCCUAAGCCCAGCCCGGGCUCCAGUAAUCAGGUGCGAGCGGCCAAGAGCGUGGUGGCGGUGGCCAGUAUAUUUGUGGUGUGCUGGGUGACCCAUCUGCUGCUGCGCAUCUCCAGCAACAUCCAGACGUCCCCCAUCGUGGUGGAGGUGGCCAGCUACAUCGCAGCCUCCUACACCUGCAUCAUCCCCUACAUAUUCCUGUACGGCGUCAAGAAGCUGUCCUGCUCCCGUUGUGGGGCCAAGCAGUAG